UCUUGGUUCGUUCCUUUUCUCCCAGUUUGGACGCUCACUUCCGGAGAGAUCGUUCGUCAUUUUACACCGUGGAGUGCCCAUUUUUUUUUCCUUGAAUUUUCGGUUGGAAGUCUUCCAUCGCCUUCGAGUCAAUUGGCAGAUACUGUUGGUCGCUCCAUGGAUGUUAGCAAAGGUGCCUGAGAACUCUACAUUAAUGGGGAAUUUUGAAUUCUCAUUUACUGAAGUGAGCACUCUUCAAGCUAGCACUGGCAAGGUUACCUGUUGUGACUUUUCAUCAGAUGGGAAACUGCUUGCUACUGGUGGACAUGAUAAGAAAGCUGUACUGUGGUAUGCAGAUACUUUAAAGCCGAAAACAACUCUGGAGGAACAUCUUUUAAUGAUUACGGAUGUUCGAUUUAGUCCGACCAUGUCUCGCCUGGCAACAUCUUCUUUCGACAAAAUUGUCAGAGUCUGGGAGGCUGACAAUGCUGGUUAUUCUCUUCGGACUUUUAUGGGGCAUUCUUCUGUUGUUGCGUCUCUGGACUUCCACCCAAAUAAAGAUGAUUUUAUCUGCUCAUGCGGUGGGGAUGGUGAGAUAAGAUACUGGAGCAUUAAUAACGGCAGCUGUUUGAGGGUAUUCAGGGGUGGCACAGCCCAGUUGAGAUUCCAGCCACGUCUUGGAAUGUAUCUUGCUGCUGCGGCAGAUAAUGUCUUAUCUAUAUUGGAUGUAGAGACACAAGCGUGCAGGCAAACUUUGCAGGGGCAUACUAAGGCAAUCGAUUCUGUGUGUUGGGAUUCUACUGGCGAUUUAGUUGCGUCUGUCAGUGAGGACUCUGUUAGAGUUUGGGCAGUUGGGUCUGGUAGUGAAUGGGACUGUGUACAUGAAUUGAGCUGCAAUGGAAACAAGGCCCUCUCCUGCGUGUUCCACCCAACUUAUCCUUCACUUUUGGUGAUUGGCUGCUAUCAGACCCUGGAGCUUUGGAAUAUGGCCGAGAACAAGACAAUGGCUUUGCCAGCUCAUGACGGACUAAUUUCAGCAUUGGCAGUAUCAAAUGUGACGGGCCUGGUUGCUUCAGCUAGUCACGACAAGACAGUGAAGCUGUGGAAGUGAUACUUUGGCAUCUCCAGGUAUUUUUCCUAAGCACUCAGAUUGGAAGACUGAAUUCGCCGUUCCCAUCAAAGUGCAUGUAUCUUGUCCUUGUAUCAGUUGCCUCAGUACGCCCAGUUGGUGUCGUCUCACUGAUACUAAUUUAGAGCUUAUGAUGAGCGAUGGGAUUUAACUUUGUGACAUUUGUUGCUGUUGUACAUCAGGUGAUGACUUCUUUUGUCAAGUUGAAGCUUUCUGCGAAUGCUUCAGUGACAUGUAAUGUUUGGCCAUUCCUUAGAGAAGGAAAUGUUCUGAGAUAAGAAUCUACAUCAAUAAUUGCCGUCUUCUCUCGUUUGGAACUUAUAUCAUGUCUCUCUUGAACUUCAAUGUCAUUUAGUUUUCUGGUCGGAUUGAAAUUCUCAUUGUCGGUUUCAUUCUUAUCAACUUAAAGGGCCAAAAGAAACAGAUUUCGAGGAA